UGACACCGGCUCACGUGGUUCCAGAGAUAAAUAGAAGAGAGAGUUUCCCGACAAUACAGUGUGUUACUCGGCCAGAGAAGGACAGGUCGGCAGGGCUAUCUGGAGCUGAAGAUUUAAAGUUCACACCUACAGCUGAAGCACCAUCUACAGGCAGAAUGUGGCAUGCAGCCUUCCUGUUACUGGCUGCCAGCUGCUCAGUGAGCCUGGCCAGACCUGGCCUCAAACCACUGUCCAGUGAGAUGGUUAACUACAUCAAUAAGAUGAACACUACCUGGAAGGCUGGUCACAACUUCCAUAAUGUGGACUACAGCUAUGUCCAGAAACUGUGCGGUACGAUGCUGAAGGGACCUAAACUGCCCGUCAUGGUUCAGUAUGCUGGAGACCUGAAGCUGCCUGCCAACUUUGACUCUAGAGAGCAGUGGCCCGACUGUCCCACUCUGAAGGAGAUCAGAGACCAGGGCUCCUGUGGAUCUUGCUGGGCGUUUGGUGCUGCAGAGGCCAUCUCUGAUCGUGUAUGUAUCCACAGCAAUGCCAAGGUCAGUGUGGAGAUCUCCUCAGAGGAUCUGCUGACCUGCUGCGACGGCUGUGGCAUGGGAUGUAAUGGUGGCUACCCUUCAGCUGCCUGGGACUUCUGGACCAAUCAGGGGCUAGUCUCUGGAGGUCUCUAUGACUCCCACGUUGGUUGCCGGCCCUACACCAUCCCCCCCUGUGAGCACCAUGUGAAUGGCAGCAGACCUGCCUGCUCUGGGGAGGGUGGCGACACGCCUCAGUGUGUCCACAAGUGUGAAGAUGGAUACACUCCCAGCUACACAGUGGACAAGCACUAUGGUAAAACGUCUUACACCGUGCUGUCAGAAGUGGAGGAGAUCCAGACGGAGAUCUACAAGAACGGCCCAGUAGAGGGAGCCUUUACCGUCUAUGAAGACUUUGUGCUGUACAAGAGUGGUGUGUACCAGCAUGUGUCUGGCUCUGCUGUGGGCGGCCACGCCAUCAAGAUCCUGGGCUGGGGAGAGGAAGAUGGCGUUCCCUACUGGCUCUGCGCCAACUCCUGGAACACUGACUGGGGUGAUAAUGGGUUCUUUAAGUUCCUGCGUGGAUCAGAUCACUGUGGUAUUGAGUCUGAGAUUGUGGCUGGGAUACCUAAAUAAAUUCUGAGGUUUUGAGCUGCAGUGUCAUUACAUGUUCACUAGAGGGCGACACACAACUUUCCUGCUCUAGAACUCCUUUUAGUUAAAGCUCACUGAUCACCUUGCAAACAUGAUAAAAGGGUUUCCUUUGACAGCAGACAGAAAAACUCGAGAGCAACCUUCCCCUUACUCAGAUGGAAUAUGUGCUUGUGCACGAGUCACCAUUGUUGACUUGAAGGUGUUUUUGAGACUAAGCUGUAAGGUACAUUCACCUCUUAAAGCAAGGUCUAUCAAAGGUUGCACAGGAGGAAAAAUAAGACGUCUUGUGUGCAUUUAAUUUUUAUCUCGGAAAUUUAAAGCAAACUGUCACUAUGUAAAAUUUGUUUGCCUGUCACUUUUCUUUGCUGCACUGGUUGAAGGGGGGUGGGGGGUGUCUGAGAUAAAUGUUGCCCACAAUUGAAAGAAAGUACAAGACUCUGCCUAAUGCAGCAGAGAAGGUCAGUGAAAGUGUCAAAUAUCUAAUCACAGCUUUCAUAUUGGAGAUUAUUAUUUAAUAAUAUCUCUGUGCCUCAAAUACCACUCCAUAAUGUUAGGCUGCACUCAUUGUGAUUGGUGCCUGUAUGUGUUUUUAAAGAUUGCGUAUCAGAUGAGAAAUUGAUUAAGGUUUUUUAUAUGGUUGAUAACAUGUUUUUAUUGCCUGUAUCGAUCAAAAUAAUGACACUGGAAUUAAAUAAAAAUAUUUGGUUCGCA